UAGCCAAGCCGGACUUCUCGUCGAAUCCCAUCCCAUCUGUCCUCUGGACCACAAGCCGCUCCCUUUCUUCCAUUCCCAAUCUUUCGCCCGCGCAACAGCCACGACGGCGCACGACUACGGCAAUCCCACUGGUCUGCGCCCGCUCCGGUCUCGAAACUACUUGCAUCCAUCCGCCACCAACGGACAAGGCUCGCUCGCUGCCCAUUGCAGGCCCAAGCCGACUGUCGAAAGUGCCAGCCCGCACUUCCGAAGCUACCGAUUUCGCUCCAACGACGUUGCAUUACACACCCGAGACUUCGUCUUUACCGACUGCUCCGCGGGCUGCGUUCGGUGGACUUCCUUCUCACCUGCCGAACCACAGGCCUUAGUUCCGACCAUACUUGUACUUGCUCCAGCUCGAGACAUAACACACACCAUGGCUCUCUCGAGGUUACAGCUCGCUGCGGUCCUUGCGUUGGCCCCCGCGGUCCUCGCCCACGGACACGGCGAGUCGCAUAUCCCAGAAGGGCAGACAAUUUCCGCCGAACCUCUUGACACCACGAUAUGGAUUCACAUUCUGUUGCAGACUGCUUCAUGGGGCGUAAUCUUCCCCAUAGGCAUGGUCCUAGGAAUGGUCAAAUCAAGGUGGCACGUCCCCGUUCAGGUCGUAGGCACCGUCAUCGCCAUCCUCGGCUACUUCCUCGGCCACUGGCAUGGCGGCCGCGAGUUCGUCCACAACAAUGUCCAUUCCAAGUUCGCUUCGCCGCUCUCCUUUCUGCUCUUCCUCCAGAUCGCUUUCGGCAUCUACCUCAAGCUGCACCUCGAGCGGGGCAUCAACGGCCGCAUCCGCCCCUGGAUCAAGAUGGGCCACGGGAUCGUCGGCAAGGCUCUCCCCGUGCUCACCUGGACGCAACUGCUAUUCGGCGGCAUUACCGCCCUCGGCUUCUGCCAGGGCGAGCACGUGGGACAGUGCGCCGCGCACUUCAUCAUGGGCAGCGCUUUCAUCGCCUACGGCGUGCUCCUGACCAUCCUCCUCAUUGUCGGGCAGCAGUGGCUCAAGCGCACGGGCCGGUCGCAGGAGUUCUUUGACUCGGCCGUCAUCGCCGCGUGGGGCUGCGUCAACACGUUCACCGAGCACCGCUGGGGCACCGAGUGGGUGCGCAACGACUGGCAGCACACCACCAUGGGCAUCGUCUGGUGGUGCGCCGGCCUCGCCGGUGUCUGGCUCAGCCGCGACCGCGACGGCCGGCCCCAGCGCAACUUCAUCCCGGGUUUCGUGCUGCUCAUCACUGGCUGGGCCAUGAGCGCCCACCCCCAGGAGCUCAUGGUCAGCGCCGAGACCCACAAGCUGUUUGGCUACACGCUCAUGGCUGCGGGCCUGUCCCGCGUGAUUGAGAUUGCCUUUGUCGUCAAGGACCAGGUCGGCAUGGCCGAGGACGGACGGACAAUCAACAGCUUCCAGUUUGUGCCUGUCUUUCUCCUCUACGCCGCCGGCUUCCUCUUCAUGGGUGCCACCGAGGAGCAGAUGUCCCUUGUCGCCGGCUCGGGCAUGGACCACGUCGCAUACAUCCUCAUCCUCUUCUCCCUGGCCUUCCUGGUCUUCCUCUUCGCCAACAUGCUCAUCACCUUGUACGACCGGAGCACGAGCGCCACCGCAACCAUCAAGCUCGGCGGCGGCAGUGGUGUCGGCCCCGCUAACGGGCACGCGACCACGUCAGCGAACGGCCACGCCACGCUGCGUGACGCUCAGGAGUUUGAGCUCGAGGGCCUCAUGAGCGAGGACGAUGACGACGAUGUCGAGAACGGCCGCAGUGGAAGGGAGAGGAAGGAAGUUGAGCGGUCGUAGCACACAUUUUCUUUCUGAGCUAUAAAGAUGUUGCUAAGUGGAGACGGAUUUAGGGUUUUGGAGCUGGAGGAUAGUCGUGUUGAAUCUAUAUAAGGUCGUUCCAAGGAGCACUGGUUAUACUCUUUCGUGUCAGCGGGAGCUGCGGCACAAAACAUGGCGCGUUGCUUUGAAAUGUCAAACAGUGGCGGCCGCUUGCGAGCACUUGUACAGGAAAGAGAAAAUAAGAAGAAACAAAAUAUAUACGUUCCGCUGUUCUGAAGGGAA